AUGUCUCGCCGCAGCAGUGUGGGCCGCUACAGUUCUGUGGAAAAGACCCACAGUUCUGAUCCAAAUAGACGAUACAGCAACUCCAGAGUCAACACCACGGACAGUCAGCAAAAUGUACUUUGUGAUUUUUGCCUGACUACGAAGAUGAAGGCUGUGAAGUCCUGUCUAACAUGCCUGACCUCAUUCUGUGAGACUCACUUGCAGACUCACUAUGAGUAUCCAGCACUGAUGAAGCACAAGCUGGUGACAGCAACCGGGCAGCUGAGAGAAAAAAUAUGUGCUGAGCAUGACAAACUGCUGGAGGUCUUCUGCCGUUCUGAUCAGAUAUGUGUCUGUGUUAUGUGCAUCAUGGAAGAACACAAAAAACAUGACAUUGUUUCUGCUGCAGCCGAAAGGACUGAAAAACAGAAACAGAUUGGAACUAAACUGAAGGCUUCUCAGCAAAAUAUUGCGGAGAAAGUAAAAAAGUGGCAGGACUUGAGGCAAGCAGCAGUAUCUCUAAAGAACUCAUCCCAGAGCCUGAUGGAGGAGAAUGAGAGAAUAUUUACAGAGUUAAUGCAAGCGCUAGAAAGGAGGUACGUGGAAGUAAAGGAGAUGAUCCGAACCCAAGAGACAGCCCUGAUGACUCAGGCCGAGAGACACCUAACCCAAAUGGAGGAAGAGAUCACACUUCUGCGAAUGAAACACAAUGACCUGGAGAAGCUUUCACACUCUGAUGACCACAUUCACUUCCUCCAGAGCUGGCAGUCUCUUUCUUCACCAUCAGGUUACGAAGACUUGUCCAAACUGACACUGGCCCCACAUCCCUCUUUUGAUAAAGCAAAGAAAGCCAUAUCCGAACUCAAAGUGCAACUGGAGGAUAUAAGCAAGGUAGAGCUGACCCAGAUCUCAUCUGCAGUAAGAGAAGUUAAAAUUCUGCAGACUUUGGAACCAACAACAAGGGAUGAGUUUUUACAGUAUUACUGUCAACUUUCCAUGGAUCAUCAGACUGCUCAUCCAAAUCUGUAUCUGUCCAAAGGAAACACUGUGGUGCAGAUGAGCAGUGAUAUCAAGUCAUACCCUGAGCACCCGGACAGGUUUGACUACUGGCAGCAGGUACUGUGCAAGGAGGGCCUGGUUGGAGGUCGUUAUUAUUGGGAGGUGGAAUGGAGUGGGACUGAAGUGGACAUGGCCAUUACUUACAAAACAAUUAGCAGGAAAGGCAAUGACAACAUCUGCAGCUUUGGCUGGAAUGACAAAUCUUGGAGUCUGUACUGCUCUGAGUCCAAGUACUCCUUUAUGCACAACAGUAAACGAACCACCAUACCUGUGCCCAGGUCUUCAAGAAUAGGAGUGUAUCUAGACCACAAGGCAGGAACACUGGCGUUUUAUAGUGUGUCAGACACAAUGACCUUACUCCAAAAAGUUCAAACGUCAUACAAUGAGCCGCUUUAUGCCGGGUUUGGAGUCUGGGGUUUUGGAAGUGCUGUAAAAAUACUAUAAUAGUACACUGUGUUUUAUUUUAUGAAUGUCUUUAUUUAGUUCUUCAGUGUAAUUUAUGGAUAUUAA